ACUGGAGGGAUGAUAUGGAAGAAUGGAACAGAGUGUGGCAAAUGAUGAACAUUCAUUUGGGCCCGCCAAGUCCACCUAUGGACUUGUACAGAGAGACUGUUGCAGUCUAUCCAGAAGAUUCCCAACCUUUGGAAGGGACUAGUGGAGCUUCCAGAUCAGCCAUAGCUGUGAAUAGCAGGAAUGUCCAACUGCAGAAUGAAGGACAAUCCCUAGAAGUUGAUGGACCAGGGUCGUUCUCGGAGGAAACUAACCCGAAAGAAAUAGUUAAGACCGACAAGAAUACAUAUCCAUCCUUCAAAAACAGUGAGAUACCAAGUCAACCAUCUGAAAUUGAGUUGGACAAACAUAGUACAGCAGGUUCCUCAGGUUUAAAACACAAGAUUCUUCAGUUUGCAAUUUUCCAUGUUUUUAAUGGAACUAACCAGACAUACUGAUGGAAGCUGUGUAUAGGACAAGGCCAUCCAUGAGAACAAUGUUGUCUUUAGAAGAUAUUUGUUGGGAUGUUUUUGGGACAUUUGACCUGAAGGGUCA